AUCGAGUUGGGUGUUAGUGUAAUGUAGCCCAGCGUGGGAGACAGACGGUGGCGCCACUCUCCCGCACGUCGCUAGGUCCCGGUGUUAUCCUUGGGGCCUUAGCGGUGGUCAGUGAGUGUGUGAGGGAGUGCCCGGAGGUGGAUAGGGCUUGGGAGUGCACAACAUGGAGGAGGCGGAAGGCUCACGAGUAGUCGGUAGUCAGGAAGUCAGAGUGGGCCAGCGUAUCUUCUAGUUUUGCUUUCCCCACAAGCCUGCUGAGGGGAAUAUGUCUCUCCUUAGCGUCACAGUUAAAAGGGCAAACUUAAGUGGAACCCAAGCCGACCAGUUGAACAGCUAUGUAACCCUCAAACUACAAAAUGUCAAAUCGACUACUGUGUGCGUCAAGGGCUCCCAACCUCGAUGGGAGCAGGAUUUCCUUUUCGAAACCAAUCGGCUGGACACGGGCCUGUUGGUGGAGGUGUGGAACAAGGGCCUUAUAUGGGACAAGGCUCUGGGGUACCUCUGGCUGCCCCUCACCAACAUCCAGUACUCCAACGAGAUUCCCAUCAUUGUGGAGGAGGGGGAGGGCCGCUGGUACAACCUGGAUGCUGACCGUGUGGUGGAGAAUGGAGAGGUGAAAGGCACUGCCAACCCCACUGGAGACUCCCUGUUGCUCGACUGUCGCUUUGAGCUGCCAUGGGGCAAAAAGGCCAAAGAAAGAGCAAGGAAGAAAGCUCUGGAUCCAGUGCUUCCUAACGGCCCGUGUGGCUCGGGGGAGCCUGGCCAAGCCUACGCUGGGGUUGGAGGCUCCCACGAUGCCCCUCCCUCCUCCCUCUCUCCAUCUUCCUCCUCGACUGCCCGCCCAAGUCUCUCCACUGUAAAGCUCCUCAAUACUGUCACGUUUGAGACUAUUGAAUCUGCCACUGAUUAUGAUGAUGAGUGCGUAGACUCCUCAAAGCCCAGUGAGAGGCCAGAUCUCCUCACCACAGCUGCAUCAGAGACCGUGGACUCUGGGAUUGGCAAUGAUGAAUUAGGUGCUGAAACUAGCAUUUCUAGAUUUCUUAGUAGAAGUGAUGAGGCCAAAGUUGAACAGAGUGAUGCCGUGAGUGGGACGGAUGAGGGUGGAUCUUCGCCAUUUAGGUUUAGCUUUCAAAUACCACUGUCGCAAAAGGAUAGGGAACUGUCCUCCCCCCCGGCCAGCGACAGCAAGACUUUCUCAUGGGACCCAGAAACAAGUGUCUCUUCCUAUGCAAAUGCCCAGUCUUCUAGCCCAAAGGUUACUCUGGUGACCACCAAAUUUGCGUCGUUAUCAGUGUGUUCACCAGAUAGGGAACAACUCCCCCCUUGUAAAACUUUCCCCGAAACCUCCAGCCCAAGUGCCGUGCCCUCCUCAGGGAUCUUCAACAUCAAGCUCCUGAAAGAGAACCUUCUGAGGGAGAGUGAAGGACUGGACCCCCUGCAGCCAUCGCCUAACCUGGAGGACUCCUCUUCAACCAGUAGUUACCUGACACUGUCUGGCUCCAGCGGCUUCUUUUCCAAGUCUAAUGCCACGGACGAGGUUCCGUCCUCCAAGACCUCACCCACGGCAGAGACUGAAUACCCAACUGAGGUCAAUGGCGAAGUGCCUUCCAGCACGUUCAAUUUUCUGAGGUCUCCUGCACGGACUGAACCUGAAGCUCCCCCAGCAGAGGAAGCCCCGAGCACAGAUUCCUUUAGACCCACCAGAUUCUCCUUCCUCACCCGAGAUUACCUUCCACCUCUGGAUAGUUCAACCGAGGAGGAGCGAGCUCCCGGGUGGUCUUCCUCCUCCUCAGAGCAACCCAUCUCGUCGCCUGUGUCAGGAUUCACCUUCUCAUUCUCAAGGACCACCGAAGCCUCGGCCACUACGCUCACCAGUGCCACGGCCACACCUGUCCUUGCAACCACUACUUCUCCUCCUCAAGAGAAGUCCAGAUUUUUCACCUUCCUCAACCUGAGGCACUCGCCGGGGUCUGAGUCACCUCCCUCUGUGGCCAGCGGGGAGAGUGAACAGGUCUCCACCCCAGGAAGUGUCCCAAAGCUCAAUUACCAUGAAACCCCCAAAGUCUGUGAUGAUGAGGAUGGUGAGACACUCAAGGAUGAAAAGACUAACAAACUGCUAUCCGAAAAAAUCAAAAUUGGGUCCUCAGAAAGCAAACAGUCAGGAGAGGAAAAGAAAGACCUGGAGGAGACCGAGGCCCAGGAACUGCAGAGGAAACUGGAGAUCCUGAACCACAUUAUGGACCAGGAGACAAGAGGGGCACCUGGCAACACCAGGAACCCCCAACUCAAUCUGAUGUCUGGCAUGUCAGAGGACAGCGACUACACCAGUGACAUCAAUUAUCCAGUGGGGCAGCAUCCCAAUUCCUCUGUGUCGCAAUUCUUGGGUGUGGCGACCCAAAUGUCCACGCCACAGAGGUCCCUGGAGACAAGUCGGGAAAACUCCUAUGAGAGGGAUGAUGGUGUGCAGUAUGGUGGUGAGGCGGGCUACGGUGAGGGCUAUGACAGGGGAAUGGCAGAUGACUAUUACAGCUACACUCUCGAGCACAACAAGAAGAAUGAGGGUCACAAGCCUUCUGUAGCAGAUGAAGACCUCUUCUACAAUAGCCGCCCUAACAACAGGAAAGAUUAUAGGUAUGAACCGGAACCAUUGGAUGAAGAUAUCAGCCCAGUGAGUUACUACAGCAAGCAUGGCCCCUUCACUGGUGGCCAGAACGAGGAGACACAGCCUGCCAAGCCUACCACCAACAAUGCACGUGGGAAGCUGACAAGAGCCAAGCAGCACACGGAUGAAGACGGAACCACACGGCGUCCCAGCCUGGAGAGACAGACCACCAUGUAUGACGAGGAGGGUGGCGGGCAGCGCACAGAGGGAACCAGUCGAGAAAACAGGUACUCUAACUACCAUAGCUACUAUCACCAGUACUCCUCCAGCCAGGAAGAUCCAAGUGCACCGGCAGUGAGUGAGGGAGAGUAUGGCUAUGACAAGAAGGCCAAGAAAGAAGACCAGGUGGACCAAGGGUACCAGAAUGAGGAGGAGGGGUGGUAUGACAAGGAGAGGACAGAUGGUUACUAUGGUGACUACAACAAAGAGUGCUACAAGGACGAGGGUUACCAAAAUGAUAAGAGUGAUGAUGGGUAUGCAGGUGAGCAGUAUGACCAGUAUGGGUACGGCUACGACCAGUAUUCUGGGUAUGACGAAUAUUAUGGGUAUGAUAAGACUGGAGAAAAUUAUGACUAUGCUCAGUAUGGUUAUUAUGGGGAAGAUGGGACAUGGAUUUACUAUCAGAAUUAUGAUGGUUACUAUGGGUACUAUGAUGAGGCUGGUGUCUUUCACACUUACAAUGAAAACUACAAUUAUGCUUACCGGAGCAAUGAGCAUUUGGACUCAAUGGCAGAACUGCAAGGUGAUAUUGGCAAAGCUUAUGACUCUUCCAAAGUGAUCACUGCUCCCUCCAGCCUUGCCUCAACCUUCACCAUCACCACCUCUGCCAUCACGACUACCAAGGCUCUCAACUCAGUGCUCCCCACCACCACCUCCUCCUCCACCACUGCAAAAUCUGUGGGCAACCAUGUGGCGCCCACGCAAACCACACAGCAGAAAGCUGAUGGACUCUUCAAUAAGUUGCUUCCUCAGCUUCCCAUAUCCCUUCCCUCCACUCUCACCACCACCACCAUUGCUGCUACCACCACUGCCACCACCACCACAGUCACGACAACACAAUCCAACAGGACACCUAUGCAGCCGGCAGUUUCACAAGCUUCAGUUCCCUCACAACAACGUGCAGCACAGCAAAAGAUUGCUCAACAAAAGCAGCAGCAGCAGCAACAGGCUAAACCUGCUGCUGGAGGGUUUGGUCUUUUUGGUGGAAUGAACAAGAAAGGUGGCCUUUUCAAUGCCAUGUCUGGCAUUACGUCCAAGGUGAGUGAUACGCUCAACACAGCUGUUAAGGAAGUUUCUGCAACUGCUGCAGCAGCUGCACAGCAGGCUAAUGUUGCUGCACAGCAGACAACUAAGGCUGCCACAGCUAAAGCAGCAGCAGCAGCAAAAAGUGCAGGUGUGGUCCCUCCACAGCAAGCUCCAUUUGGACAAAAGCCUCCUACUACUCAGUCAGGAAAGCAGGCAACUUCCAUGGGCAGGACCCUCACUAAGCAAGAGAGUGUUAGAAGUGAUAAAAUGCCUGUGGAUGAGGCAGAGAGACAGUCACUGGCCACCCUGCCAGAGACCACAGAUCCCACUUAUCAGGCAGAGUUGGACCAGACAUCUCUAUGGCAGCAGGAGAGUUACGAAACAGCACUGACGGACAAGACACAGCAGCGGCAGGACAGCUUUGAGACGGCCCCUGAAGACUCGCUAUACGAUGAGGACAUUCAAGGUCAAGAUGAAUACUAUGAUGAGGAUUAUGACAGCCACUGGUCCAGAAGAGGGUACCCUGGUCAUGACCCUUACUACGAUGAUGAUUACUAUGAUGAUGAUCGCCGUUCUCAAAUCUACGAAGACUACCCAGACUCCUUCGAUAAUGAUGAUGUAUCGAGCAUAGUGGGCACUGAGCGUGGCUUGCCUCGGUACCCUUCUCAGGGUGAAAGGUUCCUGGAUGGCGACACACAAUACUCAACGGAGUAUGAGAGUGGCACGGAGUCCAGGGAGGCUGUGAAUGAUCGGAUAGAACCAUACCCUGGAGACUUGAGCAAGGAAAAUGAGGAGAAGCCAAAGGAAUCUAAGAUUAUUGAUUUCGACAUGAAGACUCGGGCGGAGCACGUGAAGGCGGAGAGUGAUACCGCAAAGGUGUCCCCAGAGGGAGGGUCUACCAGGGAGACCUCAGCAGCUAAAGACAGCAAAAAGAUGUUUUUCGAGGCAAAGAUGAUGCAAAUGUCCAAUGAUAAGUCCACAGUAGCGCCCUCCGAGAAGAGUGGUCCCACUGCGACCACCCUGAGCCAGCCCGCUGAGCAGGUAUCUAGGCAGAGCUCCUUCGAGGACAAAAUGCGACAGAUGAAAGGAAUACUAAAGCUCCCAACGUUACCUACAUCCCUACCCACUUCUUUGCCCAUCAAGUUACCAGAUUUAACAAGAGGCUCAGUGCCUAAACCCCAGGCCAGUGCCGCUGCCUCGGCCACCCGGCCUGCAGCAGCACCAGAACAGGCUAAGGAGGCUGAACACCCACCUCAGCAGAAGGUCACCCAGCCAGACAAAAGCGGCUCUGAGCCUGCAGCAGACCAAGCCAAGAAGGACACAUUUGAGGAAAAGAUGAAAGCUUUGCAGAAGCCCAGCUCUGAGGCACAGGUGCAGUUGGAACAGCAGCAACAAGCACAACAACCACAACAACAACCACAACAACCACAGAUGAAAGAGUCAGAAAAGUCAAUCGAGGAGCAGAAGUUGGUAGCCGAGCAUGGGAGCCACCCACCAACCACAGGAGGCCAGCCAACAGAAGUGCCAGCUAGUCAAGAGGGUCAGGUUGAGGUUCCCCAACAACCCACAGAAGAAAAGGCAGCAGUUGUUGAUGAAAAGGUGGCAGGUGUCCCCAGCACUACCGGCCCCGCGGCCCCUGACACCAAGGCACCACCACUCCAGCAACAACAGCAGCAGCAGCAGCAGGCCAAGGAGGACGCUGUGCAGGGCGACACCCAGAUCACCAGCCCGGGGACCGUCGAUGCCGCGGCCACCACACCAGCGGGCGAGGCGGCGAGGGAGGCUAAGCUGUCGCCACUGCCGUCCACUGAUGAGCGACACGUCAGUUUCGAGGAGGAUGGCGGCGUGCCCGGGGAGGAAGGGCCGCCUAAGAAGAAGAUGACGGCGAGGGAGCGUUGGUACUGGGCCUUCGAUAAGAUCGUCGCCAAGCUGAACAAUGAACAUGGGGGUAUGGACGGCGUGGUUACGAAACUCAUGGUGAUCCUGGCCAGGCCCGGAGACAACCCCUUCUACAGCAACAUCGACAGCAUGCCAGACAUCAGGCCGCGAAGGAAGUCCAUCCCCCUUGUGUCCGAGCUUGUGCUUAAGACGAUCGCUGCGACGAAGAGGAACGCCGGGCUGACCUCCGCCGUUCCCAGAGCCUCCCUGAACGACGAGGAACUGGUCCCUAAGAUGCACGUGUACAAGAAGACCCUGCAGGCGCUUAUCUACCCGAUCUCCUCCACGACCCCGCACAACUUCGUGAUGUGGACGGCGACCUCUCCCACGUACUGUUACGAGUGCGAGGGGCUGCUGUGGGGCAUCGCGAGGCAAGGGGUGCGGUGUGUGGAGUGCGGGGUCAAAUGUCACGAGAAAUGUAAAGACUUGCUCAAUGCCGACUGCUUGCAAAGAGCCGCCGAGAAGAGCAGUAAACACGGUGCUGAAGAUAAAACCAACAACAUCAUCGCGGCUAUGAAGGAGAGGAUGAAGAAAAGGGAACUCGAAACUCCAGAGAUAUUUGAGCUGAUCAGGGAUGUCUUUGGCGUGGAGGACAAGAGUCACGUUGGUCACAUGAUGUCAGUGAACCAGUCGGUGCUUGACGGAACCAGCAAGUGGUCCGCUAAGAUUGCCAUCACAGUCAUCUGCGCCCAGGGCCUCAUCGCCAAGGACAAGAGCGGCACCUCUGAUCCCUAUGUCACGGUGCAGGUGGGCAAGGUCAAGAAGAGAACUCACACGGUGCCACAAGAACUCAAUCCUGUAUGGAACGUAAAAUUCUACUUCGAGUGUCACAACUCUAGCGAUCGCAUCAAGGUGAGGGUGUGGGACGAGGAUAACGACAUCAAGUCCAAGCUGAGGCAGAAGCUAACCCGCGAGAGUGAUGACUUCCUCGGCCAGACCAUCAUUGAGGUGCGCACCUUGUCAGGAGAGAUGGACGUGUGGUACAACCUUGAGAAGAGGACAGACAAGUCAGCUGUGUCGGGUGCCAUCAGACUCCACAUCUCUGUUGAAAUCAAGGGUGAGGAGAAAGUGGCGCCCUACCAUGUCCAGUACACCUGCCUUCACGAGAACCUUUUCCACUAUUUGUGUGAGCAGGAGGGAGGGGCUGUCAAGCUCCCACAGGCGAAGGGAGAUGACGCGUGGAAAGUCUACUUUGAUGACCAUGCACAAGACAUUGUUGAUGAGUUUGCCAUGAGAUAUGGAAUUGAGAGCAUCUACCAGGCCAUGACGCACUUCCACUGCCUGUCCACUAAGUACCUGUGUCCUGGGGUGCCUGCUGUCAUGUCUACCCUGCUGGCCAACAUUAAUGCCUUUUAUGCACAUACCACCGCCUCUUCCGCUGUUUCUGCCUCGGACAGAUUUGCUGCAUCCAACUUCGGCAAAGAGAAGUUUGUGAAGCUGCUGGAUCAGCUGCACAACUCCCUCAGGAUAGACCUGUCCAUGUACCGUAAUAACUUCCCUGCAAGUUCCAACGAGAAGCUGCAAGACCUUAAGUCCACCGUGGACCUGCUCACCUCCAUCACCUUCUUCAGGAUGAAAGUGCAGGAGCUGUCCUCUCCACCCAGGGCCAGUGUGGUGGUCAAGGACUGUGCCAUUGCCUGUCUUCGCUCCACAUACCAGUUCCUCUUUGAAAACUGCUACGAGCUUUACAAUCGAGAGUUCCAGGUGGAUCCCUCAGAGAAGAAGGAGGGAGGAGAGCAAGGGCCCCGCCUUGAAAGUGUUGACUUCUGGCACAAGCUCAUUGCCCUCAUUGUCUCCGUCAUUGAGGAGGACAAGAACAGUUAUGCCCCCGUCCUCAACCAGUUCCCACAGGAGUUCAACAUUGGCCAGUUAUCUGCAUCAACAAUGUGGAGCAUGUUUGCUGUGGACAUCAAAUAUGCUCUGGAGGAGCAUGAGCAGCACCGCUUAUGUAAGAGCAGCGAGUACAUGAACCUCCACUUCAAGGUUAAAUGGCUGUACAAUAACUACGUAAAGGACGUGCCUCCCUACAAAGACCAAGUGCCUGAAUAUCCUGCGUGGUUUGAGCCGUUUGUGAUGCAGUGGCUGAAUGAGAAUGAUGACGUGUCACUUGAGUACCUCAAUGGUGCCUUCCAGAGGGAUAAGAAGGAUGAGUUCCCGCCAAGCUCAGAAAAUUCACUCUUCUCCAACUCUGUGGUGGAUGUGUUCACCCAGUUGACCCAGUGCUUCGGGGUGGUGUCCAAGCUGGAGUGUCCAGACCCAGAGAUCUGGAAGAGGUUCAUGAAGAGGUUUGCCAAGACAAUAGUAAAGGUGCUCCUGGCCUAUGCUGACAUCUGCAAGAAGGAAUUCCCUAACUAUGUAGAUGAUGAAAAGAAGGCUUGCAUCUUGAUGAACAACAUCCAGCAACUUCGUGUACAGCUAGAAAAGAUGUAUGAGAAGAUGGGCGGAGAGAAGCUAGAGGAGGAUGUAGCCACCAUUCUGAAUGAACUGCAAGCCUCCCUUAACACUGUGCUGGACGAGCUGGCACACAGGUUUGCCAAGAGCUUGGAGGACCGCAUUGCAGUCAAGGUGAAGGAGAUGGGAGACAAGCUGGCAGCUGUCAAGUCCACUGGGCAGGGAACACAGCGGAACAACAUUGCCAACGAGGCAGAUGAGGUUCUGGCACCUCUGAUGGACCUGUUGGAGGACUCUCUCUCCCUCUAUGCCCACUCCUGUGAGAAGACAGUGCUCAAACGUCUCCUCAAGGAAUUGUGGAAGAUCGUUAUGACUACCAUGGAGAAGACUGUUGUCCUUCCACCCAUGACUGACAAAGCGAUGAUGCUCAAGAAUCUGACCGACAAUGCGAAGAAUCUUGCUGCCAAUGCCAAGAUUGAGGACAUGUCUCGCCUCAUCAAGAGCCAGCUGGCAGGUGGCAAGGAUGUUAAGAACGCCGUGUCCAAUAUCAUGGAUAUCUCCAAGGACUUUGAGAGGAACCUAACCCCCAAGCAGUGUGCAGUGCUAGAGGCUGCCUUGGACACCAUCAAGCAGUACUUCCAUGCUAACGGGAGUGGUCUCAAGAAGAACUUCCUCGACAAGUCUCCUGAGCUCAAGUCCCUCAACUAUGCACUGUCCUUGUACACCCAGACCACCGACACACUCAUUAAGACCUUUGUCUCCACCCAGACUGGUCAAGUUCCUGCAAACGACAGUAAGUUUCCCGGUAAGGCCAAGAAAAAGAGAAAGGAACAAGUGUCAACAGAGGAGGAGGAGGGUGACGAGGAGCCGGAGGCGGAGGACGAUACCGAUGACCCAGUUAAGGCAAAGAAAAUCCGAAAGAAACUGAGUAUGAGUGAUAAGCGAGGCUCCACGGAAGAGGGUACUGUCGGAGAGAUCAGCAUCCAGGUGGACCUCUACACCCACCCAGGCACCGGCGAGCAGCGUAUCAACGUUAAAGUGGUGGCUGCCAAUGACCUUCGGUGGCCAACCACAGCCGGGGGAAUGUUCAGGCCAUUUGUGGAGGUCAAUCUUAUUGGUCCUCACUUGGCAGACAAGAAGAGAAAGUUUGCCACCAAGUCAAAGUCCAACAGUUGGUCACCCAAAUAUAAUGAGAGCGUUCAAUUCCUCAUUGGGAGUGAGGAGGGUCCAGAGAGCUUUGAGCUGCACAUCUGUGUCAAGGACUACUGCUUUGCUCGAGAUGACCGUCUGGUGGGCGUGGCAGUGCUUCAGCUAAGGGACAUUGUGGACCAGGGUUCCUGUGCAACAUGGCUCUUCCUGGGCAAACGGUGUCACAUGGACGAGACUGGUUGGACAGUGUUGAGAAUCCUGAGUCAGCGCACCAAUGACGAAGUGUCCAAGGAGUUUGUGAAGCUCAAGUCAGAAGUACGAGGAGAACCACCCAUCACACAGUAGAGCCAGGGGUAGCACACUCUGCCAGGGUGUGAAGACCACUCACCUGCCACCCAGUGAAGGCUGGAGACAUCAUAUGGCUCCUCUACUACCAGCAGUGAUGAUAAAGAGAUCUGCGCUUCAAAUGAAUUCUCUACAGGAUGGUGUACCUACUACUCUCAGACAAGUUGGAGGCUCCAUUUUUUCAUGUAGAGAUGCCAUGGCCCUCCCAGUGACCAACACAGAGAGAGAUCAUAAACGUCCAAAGAUACCAGACCUAUGUGAGGCCAUGCAUGGUUGCCAAUGAACUGAAAAAAAUGUAAGCACAAAUAUUUGAGUUUAUGGGAGUAGUAACUCACACUAACAAAAUUUGGGGGAGUAGCUUGAUGUGUUCUAUAGUGGAUUUGAAUUACUAACAAACGAAAGCUGUACAGUAGAGGAUCAUGUCAAGCACUGAGGCUGGGAAAGGCUCAGUUAUGCAGAAGUUGCUAAGAAAGUAUAUAAAAGAAGGAAAAAUUAUCAGCAUUGAAAUUGAUCUAUUGCGGCCAUGCAAGACUUGAAAAGGGAAUGUCUGUGAUACAGUAUUGUGCAUGAUGCCCUGGACCUCACGUGUGGACCGCCAUGAAGGUCAUAGUCAAUAAGUGCAGAGCUACAAAAUAUUAAUCCAUACUCUGUGUUCUCAUUUCAGUGGAAUACAAGUCCUCUGCUCUUCCAGAAACCUUGUUUUAAAUUUUGUAAAAUAGUAUUUUGAAUUAUUUGAAGAUGGUGGUGUUCAUUCUGUAUCAUACAGUGCUGGUAAGAUGUACAACACACACGCCAGUCCCGCUAAUAAUGUUGCGCUGAAGGGAGAAGUGGCUCGGUAGCUUACGGUUUCAACUUGGCGCGUGUCGUGUCACUGUCCCAUUUUAUGUGGUGGUGUGAAUGGAAGUGACUGAACCUGAAGAUCAGUUCCCAUUUGCUGUUAAGUGGUCAUAGAGUAAGCCUGCUGUUUUGUGCUGCAUUACUCCUUACUUCUCUCUGAGUGAGAAAAUAAUGGACAUUUGAAUUUAUCAUGUGGUUUUCAGUUAUGAGCACAAACUAUUAUUUUUCUAUGUGAUUUUGGCACAUAUUACCAAAAGGUGCACAUUCAUAUUUCGCCUUGACCUCAGAUUCAGAUUCAACAAGCGUUCCAUUGUACAUAUCAUUUUACCAUUAGGUUAGUCCUCGUCUGUAAUUAUGGACAAUUGGGUGAUUGUUACGCAUUUUCGUAACUUUGAUUCUAGCCAGCUACAUUGGACUUGGGAGAGUUAGUUGCUAUGAUUUGUGACGUUGAUUGUUCCAUUAGUCCGUUAGUGGUGCAUUUAUUUGUCCCUAGGGUGGUGAGGGAGAGGCAGAAUGUGAGGGUCACCUGACCUACCCUUACCUGGGUCACUCGCCUCAGCAUCCCUGCAACCUCCAGCUGGGCAUUUGUUUGUUGCUAGUUGGUGUCCUAACCAAUGUGUGCAUUUGUACCGCGUGUGUGUGUGUGCGUGUGUUGUUUCACCUGGACUAUCAUCAGCAUGUUCUCCUAGCCAACAGGCACAUAUUGUACCUGUUAAUAUGUACACUAAGUAAUUGGCAUGAUCAUGCCUCUUGAGUGGGGCGAGUAAGAGGGGACCACGGGCGGCUUACCCAGUGGCAGCGCGUCCCAACCCAGCGUAGUUAACCACAGAGUUGGAAUUUUAGUUGAGUGCAAGUACUGAAGGAAAAAAUAACCGGUAAUUCCAGUAUGCAAGAAGCCAUUGGAAGUGGGAGAAAAAAAAAAUAAGUGUCAGACAUAUCUCGCUUUUUGUUGGGCAUUCAGUGUUGAUAUUAUGUACUAAUUGUUUUAUGUGUAUGUAAGGGGGUUGGGUAGAGUAAUUUUCUAUCACACAGUUGUUAUCUAUGAUUAAUAAGAGUUACAUAGUGGGGUUAAUCACAAGUGGCUCAUAUCCUUAGUUGAUAGGAAUCUGAUUAACAUAGUGCAAAGUUGUGGGUUUAUCAAUUGACUCAGCUACUUUUUUGGAAGAUCUUAGAAAUUAUAGAUAUAUUUUAAAGUAGUGGGAAAAAUGUUUGGAUGGGAGGGUAAAAUGUAAAUUGGAGUGUAAUUAAUGUCACUAGGAAAAUUGGGAUAUUGUGUUAUGCCCAGUACUCAUCAGUUUAAUGUUGCGUCACCUCAGAUUGCAGCUCGUUUCUCUGCACAUCUUGCACAGUUUCCUCACUGCAUUAGGCACGUCUUUGUUUGCUUUUCCUUAAUAGUUGUAAAAAUCUGGUAUGAGUGAGAUGCAUCAGGCAAUGUAAAAUAUAAAGGUAUCAGAGAGCAUUCAAGUGACUUACCAGCAGCAUGAAAGAACAACCAUGGGUUUAAUUGAUUGAUAUACACAAGGCUGAUUGUCACUUCAACACUUUCACUUGAAAUAUUAGAGGAAACUGUGUUGUUCUUCAAUGAUGUGGAAAGAAACGAUUCAUGACAGAUGGAGAAGAAGAAAAUCAAGAAGACAAGAAGCAGUUUGCUGAAUUUCUGUAGGCAAUGGGUAGGGAGAAGUCAGUUGAAUAUUACAUAUAGUAAUUCUCUAAGAAUCACACUAAUAGGCAGAUUCAUAUCAAAAGUUAAAAAUGUAAGUAAAGAGGGGGUUAAUGCAAUAAAAAUUUAACUUUUCUUUCUUGAGUUCCUGUGAAAUUUCAAGGAAGAUUUGUUAUAGGAAAAAAACAAGGAAUAUAAAUAAUUUGAGAGGAAUCCUGACAAACUAGAUGUGUUUGUUUGGUUCAUAAUUACUAGACUUCUUUUGAGGCAGCAUUAACAGAAAAAGAGGAUGAAGAGAUAACUAAGGCAAGAAAUAAAUAGUUUGGUCUCGUGAGAUGAAAGGUGAAAGUUAUGAGAGGAAGAUGAUCACAUUGAUGCUAGAAGUAGAAAUAUUUUAUGUCACUUCAUGAGGGAAAUAAGGAAGUGCGACAAUUAAUGAUUUGAAGUAGAAUCAGGAAACAACAAUAAAAAGCUAUAUAAAAGGGAUCAAGGAUGCUAUAUAUAUUCCAUUUGUGUGUACAUACAUAGUUGUCUCAUGUCCCUCUGAGGGGAGAAGAACAGAAACAUUCAAAGGACUAGGAUGACUUCAACUACAUCUGUGACUGAUUACUAAUACUAUAACUACUACUACUAUUGCUGCUCCUACUACUACUACUACUACUACUACUACUACUACUACUACUACUACUACUACUACUACUACUACUACUACUACUACUGGUUGUACUCCUGCUACUUUAACUACUACUACUUCUACCACUACUACUAUUGUUACAACUCCAUUAUUGCUUCUAAUACCUCAACAUAUAAUACUAUUACUACUAUGGCUGGAACUAUUACACAACAGAACAGAUGUUUCUACUUCACCACCACCACCACCACCACCACCACCAUAACUACUACUACUAUUACCACUACUACUGUUGCUUCAGUCCAUUGUUGAGAGGCAUCUCCUCAGUCUUCUCCUCACUGCGGGAACACACUUGGGAUGUCAGCCGUGUCUCAGUUCUGCUGCUCUGGUCUUGUGCCACCAUCACCCUUUAGUUGAAUUUUGUAAUGGUCUCCCUAACCCCUCGCCCACACAGCUCCUCCUUCCUACUGUUAAUGAAAACGUGCAAGUGAUUGUGCCUCAGCCCAAUCGCUUAAACGGAUGUCCCAAACGCGUCUCCCUUCCCCCACACUCAAUUAAAAAAAGUAAAAGAUCGUAAAGCUACAUACUAAAGAUCUUGUUUCGUGUUGGCAUGCUGUUUCCAACUCCAAAGAUGUCGUGUCCAAAGCAGGAUUCACUCUCCCUUGAGUUGUGAGGGACUGGAAAGGGGAGUUGAAUUCUCUUUUCACACGGGUCAUAAUAAGCUCUAGGAUUUUCCUCAUAACACCUAACUAAGCUAUCCCUACUAUACUGCAGCGUAUGUGGUGUGUUGGUCAAUAGAGAUGUGUGUGUAAAGUAUAAACAAAAAAAUUAUAUACAUAUAUCACGAGACACUCUAUCAGGAAUUUUUUGUGAUGUCUCAGUUCAAAGCUUCUUGAGUCAUUCCACUCAUCUUGCUGUACAUAAUGUCAUUUAUCAUCGUGAGUGCGGUAUAACAUAGACCAUUACUUGUUUAAUCUGCCUUCCCAGCACCUCUCAGCUUCUCUCCUCUGCCUCUCGCUCGGUAUAAAUAGUAUAUAAUCCGUCUGUAUCGGUCAGAUUUUUAUUUUUAUUUGGUGAAUAUAUUCUCAGACCUGCCUCCACACUGUCUUGCUUGUCUACGUAACCAGCUCACCCCACAAACCGCUAUCUCUUCCUCUGGCAAGCUGUAGUAGCACCUCUCGUCCCUCUUUCUGGAGUCUCGCCCCGCUCUGUCCUCGCCUUACACUAUGCCCUGGCUAGUUGGUGGGUAAUGUCUUGAGUUGAGGAGGACGGUGGUCUUGUCCCCGGCCUCCGCCCUCCACACACACACACAUGCACAUGCACACGCACACACACACACACACACACACACACACACACACACACACACUAUCACACUUAAAAACACUCACUACCACACACACACACACACACAGACAAACUCAUAUUUUUGACAACUUGUGUGCCUUUCAGUACCAUACUAGACCCCACAGCGUAGGGUCUGCACCGCUUUAGUUGAAUCACUGCAGACACACGUCAAGGCCAAGGCGAAGGGGAGUGUGGGAGGGAGUGGCCACUACACAAGGCUGGUGGCUCUGAGGGCUCUGGUCAGACCAAUAACGUAAGCCACACCCAGACCAGACACAGCCCGAGUCCCAUUUUCUUUUUUUUUUUUUUUUUUUUUUAUUCUUUUUCCCAGAUUGUGUUUUCUAUAAGUGUGGCAGAAGUGCAAGGGUAAACAAUGCUAUUUUUUCUCAGUAUAUCCUCAAGUUAGGAAUUGGAAGUGGUUCGGAUGGCAUGUUUGCUUGUGUGAAAUUUCGUCUCUCUCUCUCUCUCUCUCUCUCUCUCUCUCUCUCUCUCUCUCUCUCUCUCUCUCUCUCUCUCUCUCUCUCUCUCUCUCUCUCUCUCUCUCUCUCUCUCUCUCUCUCUCUCUCUCUCUCUCUCUCUCUCUCGUACUAAGAAACACUCUGCUGCAUCUGUUGGUUAACUAUACAGAGGGGGUAUCAUACUUGCAUGUUCAGAUUAAUAACUAAAGCAAAAACAAUAACAACUACUAUUCAUAAUAAUCUUAAUAAGCCUUGAGUGUAAGUAUAAUCCCGCUUCCUCUUCGUCUUAUCUGCUCGUGGGUUCUCUGCUACACUCGCUCGCUGGGUGUCUCUCUGUUGACGCCUCAGCUGUAAAGAAGUAACUAAAAUAACCAGACACCAUUUUUCUGUUCGACUACUCUCUCGUAUCACAACGUAGAAUGCUGUCCUCUCAAGAUUCUCGUCAGAUUUUUCUUGUUAAUGUGUGUGUGGGACUGAAGGCGAAAAAAAAAUAAUAAUACUGGGUUCAGUUUUUAGGUGUUUUCCAUGCGUGAGUUGGCUGCCUGCCACGCUAUGUUUUCAUUUGACAAACGUGUGUGUCGGCUGCUCGCCCUAUCGUCUUCACAGCCCGUGGUGAAUGGUUACUGGCAUUUAUAUUAUUAUAUCAUAUUAAUUCCCAAGUGACUCGUAGUGAUGUAGUGGGUUUUGUUAAUAUUAUUCCUCUCUGAAAAUAAAGACCCUUUGAAUAUA